AUGUGCUCGUCUCCAGCUCAGAUGUCACCCCACCUUGAGCACCAUUUCGAACUCGGAAACCAAAGUCUCAUGCACAGGAGAAGCGUGUGGGAGAAAAAUGAUGUCAAAGAGCGAGUGCCAUUUAGGCAAGGCAAACUUUUGUUAGCGGGGAAGGGUGUCGCGCCUUUUCACCUGAAACGAAAUGCACACGCUUUCAUCCAUCGCCAUAUACCAGGUCGUGAUGGCAUAAUUAUUAAACAGGUGUGCGGGCAAGAAUCCGCUUUACGUUUUGUUCUGCCCUGUGAUCCAGAUCCCCGUAACUUGUCGAUCCCAGGCCUGGUCAAGCCUCAGACGCCAAAUAAUAAGGCAAACAGUUUGAUCUCUACUAUGAGUGGGACACCGGUAUUGGUGCGCAUAGUCUCUUCUCAUAAUCAAAUGAUUAAGUCAGGGAUUCGAUUGCCGGGAAAGGCAAAAGGGCUUGGCAAAUUUGGAUAA